GAUGUACCGCAAGGAGCGGAGCGUCCCGCUGAAGAGCAGCAGCUCGGCGCUGUACAACAACCUGAGCGUGCUGCCCCUGCGCGACAAGCAGCUCACCUACUUCGCCGCCGUGCACGGCAGCACCGUCAGCCUGGCCAGCGCCUCGGCCGACGGGCUCAGCGUCUCCCACCGCCAGCUGCAGGCCAAGGAGGGCGGCCUGGCGGUCAGCGCCUCCAUCGUCACCCAGGCCUCCUGGUGUGUCCUGCCUUCUCGAGUUCUCCUAGUCCUGACCUCUCAGAAAGGCAUCCAGAUGUACGAGUCAGACGGCUCCAUCAUGGUUUAUUGGCAUGCCCUGGAUGUCUUGGAACCACCGCCAGCCCAGGCAGUGUUUGCUCGAGGGAUCGCUGCUGCCAGUGGGCGCUUCAUCUGUGUGGGGACUUCUUCGGGACUGGUGCUGGUGUUUGACAUCCCCAGCAAGGGAACAAACAUCACGCUGAGCGAGGUCCUGCAGGAGCAUCGCGACUCCAUCACUGACAUCGCCUCGGAGGUCGGUGAGAACCCGGGUGGGGCUGCUGACCUGGUGACUGCAGAUGACUCUGGGGCCCUGUGUGUCUGGCGAUCCAAGGAGGAGUUCUCCCUGCUCACCAAAAUCUCUGCCUUUGGGUGGACCUGCUCCUCGGUGAAGCUGUGGAACGGGGUCAUUGCUGCUGGCUAUGGGAAUGGGCAGAUCCGGCUGUACGAGGCCACGAGUGGGGCCCUGCGUGCCACGGUCAGCGCCCACGCUCGCUGGAUCUACGCCCUGGACCUGGCCCCCCUGACGGGGAAGCUGCUGUCGGGUGCUGAGGAUUCCUAUGUCCAGAUCUGGAAACUCAGCCGGAGCCCAGACACCGGCGACAUCGAGAUCGAGCACUGCCACUCGGAGUGCGUGACUGACACCCAGCUCUGCGGCGCCCGCUUCUGUGACCCUGAGGGAAACUCCUUCGCUGCAACCGGCUACGACCUCAGCGAGAUCGUCCGCUAUGGCCAGGUCUAG